AUAAAGGGUCAGCCGGGUAGGCCCGGAGAACCUGGACGUCCAGGACUUAAUGGUGCCAAAGGGGAGAGGGGAGAUUCUGGCUUUGGGAACCAACCUGGUUUGCCAGGUUUUCCCGGACCCAGAGGAGACCCAGGAGUCCCAGGUGUUCCUGGGCUGCGCAUUGAUGGACCCAGGGGGAGGAACGGUGUUCCGGGACUUCCUGGAGCCAAAGGCCAGCCUGGAGAAAUUCUUGGAGCCAUUCCUGGAACUCCAGGGCGAGACGGUGGACCUGGAAUACGUGGGGACAAAGGCCAGCCCGGCACUCCAGGAGUUCCUGGAGGUCCUGGUUUGGAUGGGAAGAUUGGUAUUCCUGGACUGAGUGGAGAACGUGGAACUGAUGGUCUGCCGGGUCUUCCUGGUCCACCUGGACUUCCUGGUGAGGGUCGCGGCUCCACUCCUGGACCACCUGGACCUCCUGGCAACAAAGGACAGAGUGGAUCACCAG